ACACCGCCUCCCUCCUGUUUAUGUUCCUCGCGCGCCGCCGCUGUUCGUCACCUGCGCAGAUGCUCUCGCUGCUCAGUCGUGCUCGAGCCUUUCAGAUGUUCAGUCUCCGGAUCCGCCUCCAUUUUUAACCGUAACACGGUUACAAAAAAAAAUCGCCCGGAUUCCGCGUUUAGAUUAAAUUCGCAAACAUUUCCCCUCCCCGUCUCUUUUCUCGCCAGGAUUGGACAAGAGAUACGCUGUUGUUUCCUGGAGGACAUAAAGAACACGAAGGGAUGCAGAGCAACAUCCGCUAUAUAACUGCUGUAUAACCCAAAAUGUAUACGCUUAGGCUAUUCAAACAUCUAACUGAAAUUAAAACCAAAAAACAAUAUUAAAAGCAAAAAUCCUUGGUGAAGUUACAAGACUGAAAGAAGCCUGAAAACAGGAAGCAAGUUGGCACAGAUGAGCUCCUGCAACUGAGAAUAACACACCAAGAAAGAUCAUUAACACAUUAGGACACACACACACACAUAGCUGUCCACCCACUGACACACACACAUUCACACACUAUACACACAGAUGGCACUAGAAAACUCCACAUUCUCUUCUCGGCCAGAGACCCUCUCUCUGCCGGUCCCAGAGAAAGGGGAGGUGCCUGCUGAGGAGACCAAAGAAGAUGCUCCUGCCACUGGAGUAUUUAAUGUAUCUGAGGAACUCGGGCAUGUUGUAACCACAGAGACAUCAUCACCCCCACAAGUGAAUGCUAAUAACAGCAUGUCAUUCCAGGACAAGAUGGCUGCACGGGAAGCACAAGCCAAUCAGCACAGAAAGAAACCGCAAGCGACAGGGCAGGAACGAGGAAGGUUUGGCUGGGCCCGCAGUAAACGUAAGAGGCAACGUUAUGUGGAGAAAAAUGGCCGAUGCAAUGUACAGCAUGGUAACAUGCGGGAAACUUACCGUUACUUGACAGACAUCUUCACCACUCUGGUGGAUCUGAACUGGCGCUGCUCGCUCUUUGUUUUCGUCAUGGCCUACGCCGUCACCUGGCUUUUCUUUGGUGCUAUUUGGUACCUUAUUGCAUACUGCAGGGGAGAUCUGGAUCAUUUGGAGGAUGAGACGUGGACUCCAUGUGUGAAUAAUGUUAACGGAUUUAUCUCCGCUUUUCUUUUCUCCAUUGAGACUGAGACCACCAUCGGAUAUGGCCAUCGUGUCAUCACUGACCAGUGUCCUGUGGGCACUCUGCUUCUACUUUUGCAAGCCAUACUGGGCUCAAUGGUCAAUGCUUUUAUGGUUGGCUGUAUGUUUGUGAAGAUCUCUCAGCCAAACAAGCGGGCAGAGACGCUGGUGUUCUCCCGGAACGCGGUCAUCUCUCUGCGCGACGAUAAGCUGUGUCUGAUGUUUAGAGUCGGAGAUCUGAGAUCCUCACACAUCGUGGGAGCAAACAUGAGAGCUAAGCUCAUCAAAUCCAAACAGACCCAAGAGGGUGAAUUUAUUCCACUGGAUCAGACAGAUAUCAGUGUGGGCUUUGAGACAGGGGAUGACCGCUUGUUCCUUGUGUCUCCAUUAGUCAUCUCUCACGAGAUCGACUCACGCUCACCAUUCUGGGACAUGUCCCAGUCACAGCUAGAGAAGGAAGACUUUGAGAUUGUUGUUAUUCUUGAGGGCAUGGUGGAAGCUACAGGUAUGACAUGUCAAGCCCGGAGCUCCUAUUUGGCUGAGGAGCUGCUCUGGGGUCACAGGUUCAGCCCGAUGAUGUGCCUGGCCGAAGGAUACUUUGAUGUGGACUACGGUGCAUUUCAUCAUACUUUUGAGGUGGACACUCCUUCUAUUUCAGCCCGAGAGCUUGCGCUAGCUGCUGCUCGUCUGGAAGCUCACCUCUACUGGUCGAUCUCCAGCCGGCUAGAUGAAGAGAAGUGGGAGGGGCCUAACCUGACAGAGCAGUCAAAAAACCCUGUUGAUUCUGAAUCUGUCGUUGGAAAAGACGGAGACGGACCAAAAUUCAUUGUGGGUGGAGUUACAGAAACCCAGGAACCGCAGGUUGUAGGGGAACAGAAUGGGAGUGUCACUACAGACCAAUCAGAAACUGAGGCCUAAGAGAAAGAAAGUAAGGAUGCAAGUAUUUUUAGGUUUAGAAAAAUAUUAUAUUAGAUUUGAUUGUGAAACAAUCCAUGCCUUCUUCUACAAAUCUUAACCAUUUAGCCUCUAAUGUAUAGCAUAGAAUACAUUUCCCCAACGGGGAAGUCACUUGGUUUGUUGGUUUUAAAAGCAGACAUUUGAAACUGUCCUGCAUUAAAUUGUGGCAGGGUGUUUUCACAGUUAACAUUAGGUUUCCUGAUACCAGCCAUUUCACAGAAUUCUCAAAACUAACACAGGGUAUACUUGCUUUCACUAUACACAAUGUUUUCAUUUUGAGACAUGGCAGACUGGACAGAUUGUUUGUGUAUUGAAGAUACAUUAGAUACACUGUAUUACAGUUGAUGGAAGUGCCAUGCAACUAAAACAUUAUAAUCCCUGGGGUUCGCUUUAUCAGCUUUUAACAGGAUUUUGACUGCCAGGAAUUUAUUGGUAUUUCUACAGUACCUGUUUUUCAGUACCGUCUCUCCAAUGCAGGAAAUUGCUCUAAUGGGCAUAUGAAAUGCCUUUUUUUGUUUAAAACCAUAAAUCCUACAGUAUGUGUGUCUGUUAUUGUAAAGUCACAGUCGGCCUUACAAAAAUAUCUUGCACAGAGUUAACUUUUUUUUUUUGUUGUUACUUAACUAUUCUCUAAAACAAUUCUUAAAUACUGUACGUGUUCCGGGAAUGAUGCAUUUUAUAGUUUUCAGAGGAAAUGCUAAACUAGGGUCAGAGAUUCAUGACUUUAAAAGAAUAGUCUAAUCAAAAAAUGGUAGCAGAGCUGUACAGAGAGCUAGUAGCCAUCAGUUGGCAAUAUGCCACACACAUCAUGUUAAUUAAUGGCUACUGGCUUUCAUUUAUACAAUGCCAUGUCAGCAUUUUUGCUCCUACUAUUCAUUUCAUGGCUGCUCUCUUGUCUUCAGAGCUGCCAAUAAAUUUAUGAUGAAUUACAUUGGUGAGUGCAGGCUACUCUGAUGGAACAUAUUCCACUAAUAUUCUAGUCCAUUCUAUUCUUGGAAGCUGCCCAAAACCAAAGCAUUUCUAAUGCACAGUUUAAUUAUUCCUGUAAUGUCCUAUGGGAGGGAAACCUGCUGGUGCCUUUUCUGAUGUUUCUGGACCUUACAAGGAAUUGGAUCUCUGUGCAAUACUAUUAUACAGCCAUAAAAAUACCAAUCAUGAUAUAUCAGUAACAACUCAGUGAUAGCACAUAGGGUUGGGAAUGUAUGGACAAUUUAUGAAGGAAAAAAUAUGACAAAACCUUCAUUCAUAUAAGUGAAUUAAUUCUAUUACGCAGUUACAUGGAGAGGGAGGUAAAUGAAUACAUAGUGAAAUUGCAAGCUGAGAGCACAAAAAAAGUUGAAAUAAUCAUGACAAUCAGACUCAAUAUAUUCAUAAUAUGUUAAGCUAGUGUUAGAAGACUAUUUACAAAUUUGUCUACUUGUACAUCAUGUUUCAAAUCUGUAUUUAUUUUUGCCUAUUGCUAUUCUGGUACAUUGUAUUGUAUUUAUAUCUAUCACCUAGGAAGUGAUUGCUUCAAAGGCGAUGGUCCAGACCUGGUCCCUGAAUAAAUAUUAAUAUAUCUCUUUAAAAUAAGUUGCACCAAAAUCUGAAUAUGGCUCAAAAUUUGACCAGUUAUACACACACUGACAUACUGGUGGAUCUGUGGUAUCUUGGUACUGUACAUGCAUUAUACGUGCAUUAGGUAGGCUGACAAUAUAGUCAUGUCAUGUUUCACAAAAUGACAUCCUAAUGUACAGUUAAUUGAUUUCUAACGAAAUCAUUUUGUCAGGAAAUAUUGUAAUGCCAGACUUUCAUGGAUCAAGAAAAUCUUUUUUUUUUUUUUUUUUUUUUGGAGAAUGAACCUGACUAAGCUUUAACAGACUCUAAUAUUAGUUUAAAUGCUUAGUAAAGACUUAAAAUCCAGACAUAGUGGACCACAUCUUGUCUCUGGGUCUAAUCCAAGUGAGAAAAAUGUAGUAGCAGUGUGGUAGAGUUACACUGACAAAGUAGCAGUUGUCAAUAUAAAGGGAAAUCAUGUCAUGGAAGUUGUUAGAUAAGCAACAGGCAAUAGUCAUGGGACACCAAAAGCAAAUGGCACCUAGCCGUAUGUUACACAUAUCAUAGCGAACAAUUAUAGUAUUGACCAGUUCGAUGCAUGUAGCCAUUUCACAGUGCAUUAUUGGAAUAUGCCUGGUCUCUAAGGUACUGUGACCAUAACAUAUAGACAAUAGACUGUCUGUCUUUCAUUUAUACAAUGCCAUACAUCUCUCGCACUUUCUUUCUAUCUAUCUAUCUAUCUAUCUAUCUAUCUAUCUAUCUAUCUAUCUAUCUAUCUAUCUAUCUAUCUAUCUAUCUAUCUAUAUUAAAUCUUAUGAACACUCAAAAGUAAUACCAGUUAAGAGGUCUCGUUAUUGUAUAUGUUCCAACAGUUGGGAUUUUUGUUAAUGUAGUAAGAACACUUACUAGACAUGGACACUGUUUUAGAGGUUUCCCUGCUCCAGUGAACCUGAUUUCAGUUCAUUAAAAACUGAAAAGCCAAGAAAAAAAUGAAAACAAUAAGUGGUCCUAAGCUAAAGUUAUUUGGGUUUAGAGCCUUGAAAUAGAGUGAGUUAGUGUAAUCAGAAUAAGUAGGGGCAUUUAAUAUUUACCACAUUCAUUGUUUUAGCACAAGAUUAAUUAGCUGUUUUCUACAUAUACCUUUGUUAGAGAUGCUUUACACUACUUUGGUAAUUCAUGAUCAUAUAUUUAAAGAAGCAUUGUUUAAAGAAGCAAAUAUGAGGAAUUUUACCUUGUGGCACUGUUAAAACUAUGAACAUCUCAUGUAUAGCCUUGUAAGGAAAAGGAUGAGCGACUAUUUUUUGAUUAAGAGCAGGCUAAUUUCUUUGCCAAAAGAAAUGUGAAAAACAGCCUGAAAUUAAACAUUUUAAAUUAUAAAUUAUAAUUCUUCAGAGUUAUUCUACAGUACAGUGUUGUGAGAUGCAGAAAACAAGUGCUUAAUCAUGUUUCAGCUUUAUUAGGGCAAAUCCUACAGUAUUAUGAAUUGUCUAUUAUCUGAGAAAUCCAUAUUCAAAACCUAGGGAAACAGUUGAGGGUCAAAAGAAUAAUGUACUUAAUGACAAUAAUGCAUGAUAAAAUUUUGCAGUAUUACAAAGAAACAACAGGAUAUACAGAAUAUAGACUAAAUAACCAAAGAGUUACAUAGAACAGGUGAACACUACAGUAUAAGCUAACAGACUAGUAAUUAGUGUGGCGGGUAGAACAGGACCAAACCGGAAACAAAAAUCUUGAAUGGGGUAUGUAAGAAAUUUUAUGGUCCUAAAUGUUUUAAACAUUACAUACAGCAUGUUUAAAUGCAAUCUUCAGAACAAUAUCUUAAAUACAAGUAAAUUGUAGCUAGAAUAGAAAUCUGAGGCAGUUCAGUAGUGUUUUGCAAAUUCUUGUUUUAAUCUUGAUCUUUGAGUGAAUACUCCAGAUUAGAUUAGAGUCUAGAUUUAUGAUUUGAUGAAGAGCUUCAUGAAUUUGAUUUUGUGAGUCUAUGUACAGUCUAUGUUCAAAUUCAUGGCACUGUUUUAUUGCUUUUAAACAACAAUUGUGUAAACAAGAAUCAGGAAAAAUUAAUAUUGAGUUACUGAUAUUUCACACACAAUAUCGACAAAUGGUCUGUUUGUUUUUGCUUCACUAUCAAAUAUAAAAUAAGCCACACACAUUUUAUAGCAUGUUGACAAGCUUUCUAGUAAUUUGUACUAAAAAACGAUAUAUGUACAUUUCAGUUAAAGUUGCUCCGAGUUUAAUUGGCAUCCUCUCUUAAUUUUCACCUUCAUCCUAAAAUUUCAAGGUAGCGAAGGUAUUGUUUGUCAGGUCCACUGAUAAUGUCACUAACUUCACUGCUGUAACUGCUACAAACUAGGAAGAGGAAUUCUAUGUGGCAAAUUGAGUGAAACAGUAAACAGUGAAAUGUACCAGAGUGGUUGUACUAUAUUAGCAAAUUAGUGGAUCUGUAUUAACUGCUGUAUAAUUAAAAAUCUCAACGUAUUAAAGGAUGGCUAAAGUUCAUUUUGUAACUACAUAAUAACCAAAUAUUAUAUCAGAAAGCCAGGGGCAAAGUUUAGUAGUUUGAGUGCUCUUUAUUUGUGUCAUUUUUGUUGUCUGUAGGGAACAUUUUGGGUGACGUUUAAAGUCUCUGAGAUUUUGUGUUCGAUGAACUGUAGAAGUCGCAAUACAUGCCUUUUUAAUACAGCCUUUCUAUAUGGCUUUUAAUGUCAUGUGCCAAUUGGACUUUUUGCCAACUUCUUUACAUCCUGUAGAGAGACACAGUGUAGUGAUUAAGAAAAGCCCAUCAUUUUCUUUCUCUUGCUCUCUCUGAAAUCUUGCUAUAUAAAGUCUUGUAAGCAGUCGGUAGCACACGCAAAUAUUUCUUGCACAUAAAAUAUGUAAAGCACAAACCCUGUAUUCCUGAAACUUUUCACCUUCUUGCUUUCGCUGCUCUAGACAUUUUUUAAUCUAUGUUUUUAAUCUGUAUGAGGACCUGUAUUAGAAAUGACACAGAUAAUAAAAAACUACAUUCAA